AUGGCAUCCUAAUUUUUUUUGUUAUUUUUUUCAAUAAAAAAAGAAGAGACAAAUUAUUAUAAAAGAUAAAAAAAAGAAAACAACGAAAUUGUCAUUUUACGUGAGUAUUGAGAGACACAGUAAAUAAACGGGCAUACUAAAAUAUUUAUCGUGAUAAUUCAGAAUUGUAUUUUCCUGCAUUUCACUAUAAAUCUUCAGAAUUAUGCGCAAAAGCAUUUGACAACUCGCAUCUCUUGAUGCACAGGAUCGAGGAGGUUCAGCUCCGGAAGUUGUCAUCAUCCGGGUCACAGCCACUUCCUACUUCCGCAAACACAGUUCUGUGUUGCUUCCCCGUUCAUCAAUGCAGCGGUCGACCGCUGUCUUAUAUAUUUCGUCACGUUAAUGUUCAUCACAGUUGCGACAUUUAUGACCGACUGAUUCCCAUCAUGACGGCCAACAGCCGCUGUUCCGCCGCGGAGCCUCCGGGUCUGGAGACCCAACGGCGGGAGAUCGAGUGUCUGUUGCGGGAGUGUGAGCUCCGUGCCGGGGACAGUUGGUAUGUGGUUGACCGUCGCUGGUUCGAGCAGUGGAGGGAGUUCGUAGAGUCUGGAGACCAGAAUUCAUCGUCCUUUCCUGGUCAGAUCGACAACACUGAACUGUUUGAGGACCAAGACUCGUACCAUCUGAAGGAGCGUCUGGUGGAGAACGAGGACUUUGUGUUGGUUCCGGCAGAGGCGUGGCACAAGCUGCUGGCGUGGUACGGGAUGGUGGACGGUCAGCCGCCAUUGGAGCGCAAGGUGGUGGACCUCCCCAGCACCCUGAAGGUGGAGGUUUAUCCUGUUGAGAUCUUCCUCUGUCUCCAUAGCAACAUGGAGAAUGUCAUCACUGACCAGUUUAGCCGCACAGACAGCAUACAUGCCAUCCAGACCGCCAUGUGCCGCGCCUUCUCCGUGCCUCCGGGUUCAGAGUGCCGUCUGUGGAUGAAGAGUUCGGACAGCAGCUGCGAGCGUCUCAGGAACGUGCACGUGAGCGUGCUGGAUGCCUGCUUAAGCUCAGGGAUGACGGUGAUCAUGGAGAUGAGGAACUCUGACGGCACCUGGCCGAGCUCCAGACCUCAGAUCAUGAGGAACUCCGUGGAGGAGCAGGACUCGUACCGAGGACAGCCGGGCGUCUGUGGCCUUACCAACCUGGGAAACACCUGCUUCAUGAACUCUGCGCUGCAGUGCCUGAGCAACACCCCCCCACUGACCGAGUACUUCCUGGAGAACUUAUACCUGAAUGAGCUGAACUUCACCAACCCUCUGGGGAUGAAGGGGGAGAUCGCAGAGGCGUACGCCGACGUCAUAAAGCAGAUGUGGUCGGGCCGACAUUACUCUGUGGUUCCGCGGGUCUUCAAGACGAAGGUCGGCCACUUCGCAUCGCAGUUCCUGGGUUACCAGCAGCACGACAGUCAGGAGCUGCUGUCCUUCCUGCUGGACGGCCUGCACGAGGACCUGAACCGGGUCAAAAACAAAGAAUACAUCGAACUCAGGGAUGCAGACGGGAGACCGGACCAUGAGGUGGCAGGAGAGGCGUGGAGGAACCACCUCAGGCGGAACGACUCCGUGAUCGUCGACAAGUUCCACGGCCUCUUCAAGUCCACUCUGGUUUGUCCUGAAUGCCGCAAGGUUUCUGUGACCUUUGACCCCUUCUGCUACCUGAGCGUCCCGCUUCCCGUCAGCAAGGAGCGCGUCAUGGAGGUGUUCUUCGUCUCUCUGGACCCGUCCGCCAAGCCCGUGCAGCAUCGAGUUGUGGUUCCUAAGGCGGGAAAGGUGUCAGACCUGUGUGCUGCUCUGUCAGACAUGACCAACGUGCCCCCCACACAGAUGGUGGUAGCCGAUGUCUUCAACCAUCGUUUCUACAAAAUCUACAAUGCCGACGAGUCCCUGAGCUGCAUUCUGGACCGAGACGACAUCUUUGUGUACGAGCUGGCGCAGGUAUCUCAGGAGGAGCAGGUGCUGCUGGCGCUCUACCUGAGGGAGCGCUCUCACUACAGGGACUACGGCUCCGGCAGCAGCUCGUACGGAACGUCGCUGUUCGGGCAUCCGCUGCUGCUCAACGUGCCGCAGAGCCGCUGCAGCCGGGAGGAGCUGUACAGCCUGUUCCUGCAGAGACUGGCACGAUACGUCCGGACUCCUGACCCCUCUGAGGAGUUGGAGGAAGAGGUAGAGGAGGAAGAGGACGAGGAAGAGGAGCUGUAUAAGUCUCAGACCAACGGCAUCAGUGAUGACGAGCAGGAGGGAGCAGAGGCUGCUGGGUCCUCAACUACCCCUAACUGUGGGGGUUCAUCUUCAGAUAGCCAAUCAGACGGCACCGCAGCGGCUGAAUUGCAACCAGACGUCAACCAAACUCCAAGGUCAGCGGAGCGAGAAGACGCAGAAACCAGCAACGGCUCGGUGGUCCAGACUGAGCCCGACCACUGCGCCGGUGGAGACCAGGCCUGCAGCACCGAGGAGGGCAUGAGCGCCUGCGCAGACCAGAGCGCCACUGGCUGCACAGACCAGAGCGCCACUGGCUGCACAGACCGGAGCGCCUGCGCAGACCAGAGCCCCACUGGCUGCACAGACGCAGCGCCAGAGCAGCCGUGUGAAACCACAGAGGAAGAAAGCACAGAAACCAAGCAGGAGGAAGCUUGUUCUCCCACCCCACCCCCCAACGAGAAUCCCGCCAAGAGGAGAGCGUGCCGCAGGAGGAGGAAGAACCUGUUUACCAUCCAGGCCGUCAACUCAAACGGGACCACAGAGAGGGGGACCGGAGACGGGGGGAGCGCCGUGUCCUUCAGCUCUCAGCCGUAUGUGGCCAUAGACUGGGACCCCGACAUGAAGAAGAGGUUCUACAACGAGAACGAAGCUGAGAAGUACGUGAAGCACUCCAGCAUGGAGGUUCCUCAGCAGCAGGCGACGGUCCAGCUGCAGGAGUGCAUCGAGCUCUUCACCACUGUGGAAACUCUGGAGGAGGAGAACCCAUGGUACUGUCCAGUGUGUAAGAAGCAUCAACUGGCCACCAAGAAGCUGGACCUCUGGUCUCUGCCCGAAGUCCUCAUCAUCCACCUCAAGAGGUUCUCCUACACCAAGUUCACCAGAGAGAAGCUAGACAGCAUCGUGGACUUCCCCCUCAGGGACCUGGACUUCUCCGACUUCCUCCUGAGGAAAAGCCUGUCCAGCGAGGAGCCGCCGAGCCGCUACGACCUCAUCGCCGUGUCCAAUCACUACGGGGGACUCAGAGACGGGCACUACACCAGCUACGCCAAGAACAAAGACAACGCUCAGUGGUAUUACUUUGACGACAGCAAAGUGACCUACGCCUCCGAGGACCAGAUCAUGACCAACGCUGCCUACGUCUUGUUCUACCACCGACAAGACAAAAUCCGAAAGCCCACCCUGCCCUCCCCGCUCACAAACUCCACCCCCUCCACCAACAACAUCGCCUCCAACAAAGACGAGGACGAGGCGUUGGGCGCUUCUUCUUCCUCCUCCUCCUACAUCACCAUGGAAACGGACUAAACCACCUCCCUCUGGCUGGUUUUUCCGCUUCUUUUUCUUCAGUCGGUUGAUGAACGCGGGCGAGCACCGCUGCUGUGUUCUUCAGAACCUGUCCUUCUCAGGUACUUUGAUCCAGAUGAAUGAUUCAGACCCACCGGGCUUCAAGGAGGAACCAGAACUGAACGGGUUCCGACUGCAAAACCACCUUUAUCAUGCUCAAACUCGCCGAACCUUCAGAGUAAAGCUGCUCAGCACCUC